AUGUCCUCCCCUUCCGCCUCCGCCGCAACGUUUCCCUGCCCCGCCUCCUUUUCAGCUGCAUCCUUCACCCCCGCGGCACUUCCUGCCAAGGCGCGCGCGCAAGUGCGCGUGGAGCUCUUCAGCUCCGCCGCCCUGCGCAGGUCGCUCGGCGCGGCCACCUUGGCGCUGGACGCGGCGCUCCGCCGGCCGGGGGAGUGGCAGCGCGUGGAGCUGCCAGUGAUGCGCGCGAGGCGCAAAGGGGAGGACGAGCGUCUGACGCAGUGCGGAUGGGUGACGCCCCCGCUUGCACCCAUCCCAUCGUUCUACACCUACACAGGGACUGAGGACAGUGCUUACGUGGACAGUGCUUACGUGGACAGUGCUGACGUGGACAGUGCUGACAUGGACAGUGCUGAUGUGGACUGUGCAAGGAGAGAGGGUGCAGCAGUUCCAGCAGGUGCAGUGCCAGCUGGCUCAGCAGCGGCACCAAUCAGGGUGCCAGGUCAGCUAGAGGCUGCACAGAUGCCUUCAUCCCACAGCGAUCAGACCGCUGCACACCCAUCUCCACCGCUUCCAACACCUUCGCCACCACCACCUGUUAUUGGCAACCGUGCCCCACCCCCUUAUAGUCACACUGUACCACCUUACCACUCUCCACACUCUCCGCUGCCGAAUCCUGGACCUCACCCCCAAUCAAGCAAUCCCCCUAGGCCAGGUUACCCCUCGUUACAAGCACCUCCGGCGAGAGCGUACGUGCACAUUGAGCCUGGGGUGAGCCUUACAACGUUGCUGCUGGGGGCGCUGGGAGCGCUGGGUGAGGUGCUGUUGAGGGAUUCAAUUGGGGAUGGUUGCGCGGAGCACUGGGCUUGCGCUCUCGCGAUGGACAGCGCGGGGAUCGUGCGCCGAGCCUCCUCUUCUUCCGCGCGCGCGCAUUCUCCUCCCCGCUCGUCCGCCGCUCUCCCGCGCUUCUCCCUGCGCCGCCUCCCCUUCCACCCGCGCGGCCGCCCCUUGCGCCAUGGAACCGGCGCAUACACCAGCAUCGGCGCGCUCUGCUGCAUUCUCUCUCUCCUCACUCUCCUCGCCCUCCUCCUUCUCAUCGUCCUUCGCUCCACCUUUCGCCUGGGCACUGUCGCACCUUCCACAGCCAGCAGUGUUGGAAGCAGUACGACUCAAGGCGAUGCACAUUUGUCGUUUCUUGACGGACUCGACAACUGCCAGGACGAAUUCCGUCAACUGUUGGACGAGUUCCGUUUGCGCGACGGAAAGGACGGCAUUGACUGCAGCGCCUUGCUCAAUUCCGUCGCCGCGGAUGGCGGCGUUACUCGAGGCGGCGCGUCCCGCGGGAGUGUCGCGGCAGGUACGGCAGCAGGGGAGACGCGGACACUCUACGAGAGAGCAGAGGGGCGGGAUGAGGAGGAAGGGCCAAACGUGACUUCUGCUGCAGCUGCUGCUAGUAGCGAUGGCGAGGAGAGGGGUUCGGGUUCAGAGCGUGCUGCUGCCUCGCUGCCUCCCCUGAGUGCGUUUGUGGGGCGCUCCUUCUUCAACCCCAUGGCAUUCGUUGAUGAUGACGCAAGCAGCCGACCUGCACCACCGCCCACGGCGCCAGCACAGUCAGUGGCACAAGCAGGGCACGCAGUCGAAACAGGGGGCAGAAUAGAAGCAGGGGAGACAGAGGAGGGGGUCACAGCACAAGCAGGGGGAGCAGGGAGAACAUCUCACGAGGGCGGGUCAGCAUCACUGCUGCUGCGGGGUGUGAGGGGCGUGCAAGCCUUGCUGCUGCGCGGCGAGGCAAGCCACCUGCUGCCGCUGCUGGCCCACCUUGAGCAGCGCUUCCUGGAGGGGCCGCUGGAGGACCUCCUUAUAAGCUUCUUCGGUAGCAGGAAUAAGUCCGUGCAUGUUCAUGAGCCUCCGCUGUUCUGGCGGGCGGUGGGAGGAGGAGACGGAGGCGCAGAAUUGGAGGGGACCGGGGAGGAUGGGGCUUCGGGUAAGGAGGGGGAUGGGAUGGAAGAAGCGUGGACGAAGCAGGAGGGGGAUGGGAUGGAAGAAGCGAGUCUUGAUUCGAUUCCGAACUGGGUGGACGAGGCGUGGACUGUGGAUGACCCAUUUGUUAACGAGGUCAAGGAACCCAUCCGUACCGCAUUGCACCCACCAGAAGCGCCCGUGGGGCUGUCUGUGUCUCGGAGCAUGCUGGUGAGCGUGCAUGGGGGAGAGGUGGUGCCGGCCGAUGCAGGUGCGAGGGUGGCGAUGAGUGGAAAAGUGGAGGGAGAUGGUGGCAAGGGAGAUGGUGGCAAGGGAGAUGGUAGCGGUGGCAGCAGCAGGAGUGAGGGGAAGGGGCAGAGGGUAAGGCCGGGGGUGAUGAGAGUGAGAGGAGGGCGCAAGGGGGCGAGAGGAGGGCGCAAGGGGGCGAGAGGAGGGCGCAAGGGGGCGAGAGGAGGGCGCAAGGGGGCGAGAGGAGGGCGCAAGGGGGCGAGAGGAGGGCGCAAGGGGGCGAGAGGAGGGCGCAAGGGGGCGAGAGGAGGGCGCAAGGGGGCGAGAGGAGGGCGCAAGGGGGCGAGAGGAGGGCGCAAGGGGGCGAGAGGAGGGCGCAAGGGGGCGAGAGGAGGGCGCAAGGGGGCGAGAGGAGGGCGCAAGGGGGCGAGAGGAGGGCGCAAGGGGGCGAGAGGAGGGCGCAAGGGGGCGAGAGGAGGGCGCAAGGGGGCGAGAGGAGGGCGCAAGGGGGCGAGAGGAGGGCGCAAGGGGGCGAGAGGAGGGCGCAAGGGGGCGAGAGGAGGGCGCAAGGGGGCGAGAGGAGGGCGCAAGGGGGCGAGAGGAGGGCGCAAGGGGGCGAGAGGAGGGCGCAAGGGGGCGAGAGGAGGGCGCAAGGGGGCGAGAGGAGGGCGCAAGGGGGCGAGAGGAGGGCGCAAGGGGGCGAGAGGAGGGCGCAAGGGGGCGAGAGGAGGGCGCAAGGGGGCGAGAGGAGGGCGCAAGGGGGCGAGAGGAGGGCGCAAGGGGGCGAGAGGAGGGCGCAAGGGGGUGAGAGGAGGGCGCAAGGGGGCGAGAGGAGGGCGCAAGGGGGUGAGAGGAGGGCGCAAGGGGGCGAGAGGAGGGCGCAAGGGGGCGAGAGGAGGGCGCAAGGGGGUGAGAGGAGGGCGCAAGGGGGUGAGAGGAGGGCGCAAGGGGGUGAGAGGAGGGCGCAAGGGGGUGAGAGGAGGGCGCAAGGGGGCGAGAGGAGGGCGCAAGGGGGUGAGAGGAGGGCGCAAGGGGGCGAGAGGAGGGCGCAAGGGGGUGAGAGGAGGGCGCAAGGGGGCGAGAGGAGGGCGCAAGGGGGUGAGAGGAGGGCGCAAGGGGGCGAGAGGAGGGCGCAAGGGGGUGAGAGGAGGGCGCAAGGGGGCGAGAGGAGGGCGCAAGGGGGCGAGAGGAGGGCGCAAGGGGGCGAGAGGAGGGCGCAAGGGGGUGAGAGGAGGGCGCAAGGGGGUGAGAGGAGGGCGCAAGGGGGCGAGAGGAGGGCGCAAGGGGGCGAGAGGAGGGCGCAAGGGGGUGAGAGGAGGGCGCAAGGGGGCGAGAGGAGGGCGCAAGGGGGUGAGAGGAGGGCGCAAGGGGGCGAGAGGAGGGCGCAAGGGGGUGAGAGGAGGGCGCAAGGGGGCGAGAGGAGGGCGCAAGGGGGUGAGAGGAGGGCGCAAGGGGGCGAGAGGAGGGCGCAAGGGGGCGAGAGGAGGGCGCAAGGGGGUGAGAGGAGGGCGCAAGGGGGCGAGAGGAGGGCGCAAGGGGGUGAGAGGAGGGCGCAAGGGGGCGAGAGGAGGGCGCAAGGGGGUGAGAGGAGGGCGCAAGGGGGCGAGAGGAGGGCGCAAGGGGGAGGGCGCAAGGGGGCGAGAGGAGGGCGCAAGGGGGCGAGAGGAGGGCGCAAGGGGGCGAGAGGAGGGCGCAAGGGGGCGAGAGGAGGGCGCAAGGGGGCGAGAGGAGGGCGCAAGGGGGCGAGAGGAGGGCGCAAGGGGGCGAGAGGAGGGCGCAAGGGGGCGAGAGGAGGGCGCAAGGGGGCGAGAGGAGGGCGCAAGGGGGCGAGAGGAGGGCGCAAGGGGGCGAGAGGAGGGCGCAAGGGGGCGAGAGGAGGGCGCAAGGGGGCGAGAGGAGGGCGCAAGGGGGCGAGAGGAGGGCGCAAGGGGGCGAGAGGAGGGCGCAAGGGGGCGAGAGGAGGGCGCAAGGGGGCGAGAGGAGGGCGCAAGGGGGCGAGAGGAGGGCGCAAGGGGGCGAGAGGAGGGCGCAAGGGGGCGAGAGGAGGGCGCAAGGGGGCGAGAGGAGGGCGCAAGGGGGCGAGAGGAGGGCGCAAGGGGGCGAGAGGAGGGCGCAAGGGGGCGAGAGGAGGGCGCAAGGGGGCGAGAGGAGGGCGCAAGGGGGCGAGAGGAGGGCGCAAGGGGGCGAGAGGAGGGCGCAAGGGGGCGAGAGGAGGGCGCAAGGGGGCGAGAGGAGGGCGCAAGGGGGCGAGAGGAGGGCGCAAGGGGGCGAGAGGAGGGCGCAAGGGGGCGAGAGGAGGGCGCAAGGGGGCGAGAGGAGGGCGCAAGGGGGCGAGAGGAGGGCGCAAGGGGGCGAGAGGAGGGCGCAAGGGGGCGAGAGGAGGGCGCAAGGGGGCGAGAGGAGGGCGCAAGGGGGCGAGAGGAGGGCGCAAGGGGGCGAGAGGAGGGCGCAAGGGGGCGAGAGGAGGGCGCAAGGGGGCGAGAGGAGGGCGCAAGGGGGCGAGACGGGGGCACAAGGGGGCGAGAGGAGGGCGCAAGGGGGCGAGACGGGGGCACAAGGGGGCGAGAGGAGGGCGCAAGGGGGCGAGACGGGGGCACAAGGGGGCGAGAGGAGGGCGCAAGGGGGCGAGACGGGGGCACAAGGGGGCGAGAGGAGGGCGCAAGGGGGCGAGACGGGGGCACAAGGGGGCGAGAGGAGGGCGCAAGGGGCGAGACGGGGGCACAAGGGGGCGAGAGGAGGGCGCAAGGGGGCGAGACGGGGGCACAAGGGGGCGAGAGGAGGGCGCAAGGGGGCGAGACGGGGGCACAAGGGGGCGAGAGGAGGGCGCAAGGGGGCGAGACGGGGGCACAAGGGGGCGAGAGGAGGGCGCAAGGGGGCGAGACGGGGGCACAAGGGGGCGAGAGGAGGGCGCAAGGGGGCGAGACGGGGGCACAAGGGGGCGAGAGGAGGGCGCAAGGGGGCGAGACGGGGGCACAAGGGGGCGAGAGGAGGGCGCAAGGGGGCGAGACGGGGGCACAAGGGGGCGAGAGGAGGGCGCAAGGGGGCGAGACGGGGGCACAAGGGGGCGAGAGGAGGGCGCAAGGGGGCGAGACGGGGGCACAAGGGGGCGAGAGGAGGGCGCAAGGGGGCGAGACGGGGGCACAAGGGGGCGAGAGGAGGGCGCAAGGGGGCGAGACGGGGGCACAAGGGGGCGAGAGGAGGGCGCAAGGGGGCGAGACGGGGGCACAAGGGGGCGAGAGGAGGGCGCAAGGGGGCGAGACGGGGGCACAAGGGGGCGAGAGGAGGGCGCAAGGGGGCGAGACGGGGGCACAAGGGGGCGAGAGGAGGGCGCAAGGGGGCGAGACGGGGGCACAAGGGGGCGAGAGGAGGGCGCAAGGGGGCGAGACGGGGGCACAAGGGGGCGAGAGGAGGGCGCAAGGGGGCGAGACGGGGGCACAAGGGGGCGAGAGGAGGGCGCAAGGGGGCGAGACGGGGGCACAAGGGGGCGAGAGGAGGGCGCAAGGGGGCGAGACGGGGGCACAAGGGGGCGAGAGGAGGGCGCAAGGGGGCGAGACGGGGGCACAAGGGGGCGAGAGGAGGGCGCAAGGGGGCGAGACGGGGGCACAAGGGGGCGAGAGGAGGGCGCAAGGGGGCGAGACGGGGGCACAAGGGGGCGAGAGGAGGGCGCAAGGGGGCGAGACGGGGGCACAAGGGGGCGAGAGGAGGGCGCAAGGGGGCGAGACGGGGGCACAAGGGGGCGAGAGGAGGGCGCAAGGGGGCGAGACGGGGGCACAAGGGGGCGAGAGGAGGGCGCAAGGGGGCGAGACGGGGGCACAAGGGGGCGAGAGGAGGGCGCAAGGGGGCGAGACGGGGGCACAAGGGGGCGAGAGGAGGGCGCAAGGGGGCGAGACGGGGGCACAAGGGGGCGAGAGGAGGGCGCAAGGGGGCGAGACGGGGGCACAAGGGGGCGAGAGGAGGGCGCAAGGGGGCGAGACGGGGGCACAAGGGGGCGAGAGGAGGGCGCAAGGGGGCGAGACGGGGGCACAAGGGGGCGAGAGGAGGGCGCAAGGGGGCGAGACGGGGGCACAAGGGGGCGAGAGGAGGGCGCAAGGGGGCGAGACGGGGGCACAAGGGGGCGAGAGGAGGGCGCAAGGGGGCGAGACGGGGGCACAAGGGGGCGAGAGGAGGGCGCAAGGGGGCGAGACGGGGGCACAAGGGGGCGAGAGGAGGGCGCAAGGGGGCGAGACGGGGGCACAAGGGGGCGAGAGGAGGGCGCAAGGGGGCGAGACGGGGGCACAAGGGGGCGAGAGGAGGGCGCAAGGGGGCGAGACGGGGGCACAAGGGGGCGAGAGGAGGGCGCAAGGGGGCGAGACGGGGGCACAAGGGGGCGAGAGGAGGGCGCAAGGGGGCGAGACGGGGGCACAAGGGGGCGAGAGGAGGGCGCAAGGGGGCGAGACGGGGGCACAAGGGGGCGAGAGGAGGGCGCAAGGGGGCGAGACGGGGGCACAAGGGGGCGAGAGGAGGGCGCAAGGGGGCGAGACGGGGGCACAAGGGGGCGAGAGGAGGGCGCAAGGGGGCGAGACGGGGGCACAAGGGGGCGAGAGGAGGGCGCAAGGGGGCGAGACGGGGGCACAAGGGGGCGAGAGGAGGGCGCAAGGGGGCGAGACGGGGGCACAAGGGGGCGAGAGGAGGGCGCAAGGGGGCGAGACGGGGGCACAAGGGGGCGAGAGGAGGGCGCAAGGGGGCGAGACGGGGGCACAAGGGGGCGAGAGGAGGGCGCAAGGGGGCGAGACGGGGGCACAAGGGGGCGAGAGGAGGGCGCAAGGGGGCGAGACGGGGGCACAAGGGGGCGAGAGGAGGGCGCAAGGGGGCGAGACGGGGGCACAAGGGGGCGAGAGGAGGGCGCAAGGGGGCGAGACGGGGGCACAAGGGGGCGAGAGGAGGGCGCAAGGGGGCGAGACGGGGGCACAAGGGGGCGAGAGGAGGGCGCAAGGGGGCGAGACGGGGGCACAAGGGGGCGAGAGGAGGGCGCAAGGGGGCGAGACGGGGGCACAAGGGGGCGAGAGGAGGGCGCAAGGGGGCGAGACGGGGGCACAAGGGGGCGAGAGGAGGGCGCAAGGGGGCGAGACGGGGGCACAAGGGGCGAGAGGAGGGCGCAAGGGGGCGAGACGGGGGCACAAGGGGGCGAGAGGAGGGCGCAAGGGGGCGAGACGGGGGCACAAGGGGGCGAGAGGAGGGCGCAAGGGGGCGAGACGGGGGCACAAGGGGGCGAGAGGAGGGCGCAAGGGGGCGAGACGGGGGCACAAGGGGGCGAGAGGAGGGCGCAAGGGGGCGAGACGGGGGCACAAGGGGGCGAGAGGAGGGCGCAAGGGGGCGAGACGGGGGCACAAGGGGGCGAGAGGAGGGCGCAAGGGGGCGAGACGGGGGCACAAGGGGGCGAGAGGAGGGCGCAAGGGGGCGAGACGGGGGCACAAGGGGGCGAGAGGAGGGCGCAAGGGGGCGAGACGGGGGCACAAGGGGGCGAGAGGAGGGCGCAAGGGGGCGAGACGGGGGCACAAGGGGGCGAGAGGAGGGCGCAAGGGGGCGAGACGGGGGCACAAGGGGGCGAGAGGAGGGCGCAAGGGGGCGAGACGGGGGCACAAGGGGGCGAGAGGAGGGCGCAAGGGGGCGAGACGGGGGCACAAGGGGGCGAGAGGAGGGCGCAAGGGGGCGAGACGGGGGCACAAGGGGGCGAGAGGAGGGCGCAAGGGGGCGAGACGGGGGCACAAGGGGGCGAGAGGAGGGCGCAAGGGGGCGAGACGGGGGCACAAGGGGGCGAGAGGAGGGCGCAAGGGGGCGAGAGGAGGGCGCAAGGGGGCGAGAGGAGGGCGCAAGGGGGCGAGAGGAGGGCGCAAGGGGGCGAGAGGAGGGCGCAAGGGGGCGAGAGGAGGGCGCAAGGGGGCGAGAGGAGGGCGCAAGGGGGCGAGAGGAGGGCGCAAGGGGGCGAGAGGAGGGCGCAAGGGGGCGAGAGGAGGGCGCAAGGGGGCGAGAGGAGGGCGCAAGGGGGCGAGAGGAGGGCGCAAGGGGGCGAGAGGAGGGCGCAAGGGGGCGAGAGGAGGGCGCAAGGGGGCGAGAGGAGGGCGCAAGGGGGCGAGAGGAGGGCGCAAGGGGGCGAGAGGAGGGCGCAAGGGGGCGAGAGGAGGGCGCAAGGGGGCGAGAGGAGGGCGCAAGGGGGCGAGAGGAGGGCGCAAGGGGGCGAGAGGAGGGCGCAAGGGGGCGAGAGGAGGGCGCAAGGGGGCGAGAGGAGGGCGCAAGGGGGCGAGAGGAGGGCGCAAGGGGGCGAGAGGAGGGCGCAAGGGGGCGAGAGGAGGGCGCAAGGGGGCGAGAGGAGGGCGCAAGGGGGCGAGAGGAGGGCGCAAGGGGGCGAGAGGAGGGCGCAAGGGGGCGAGAGGAGGGCGCAAGGGGCGAGAGGAGGGCGCAAGGGGGCGAGAGGAGGGCGCAAGGGGGCGAGAGGAGGGCGCAAGGGGGCGAGAGGAGGGCGCAAGGGGGCGAGAGGAGGGCGCAAGGGGGCGAGAGGAGGGCGCAAGGGGGCGAGACGGGGGCGCAAGGGGGCGAGAGGAGGGCGCAAGGGGCGAGACGGGGGCGCAAGGGGGCGAGAGGAGGGCGCAAGGGGGCGAGACGGGGCACAAGGGGGCGAGAGGAGGGCGCAAGGGGGCGAGACGGGGGCACAAGGGGGCGAGAGGAGGGCGCAAGGGGGCGAGACGGGGGCACAAGGGGGCGAGAGGAGGGCGCAAGGGGGCGAGACGGGGGCACAAGGGGGCGAGAGGAGGGCGCAAGGGGGCGAGACGGGGGCACAAGGGGGCGAGAGGAGGGCGCAAGGGGGCGAGACGGGGGCACAAGGGGGCGAGAGGAGGGCGCAAGGGGGCGAGACGGGGGCACAAGGGGGCGAGAGGAGGGCGCAAGGGGGCGAGACGGGGGCACAAGGGGGCGAGAGGAGGGCGCAAGGGGGCGAGACGGGGGCACAAGGGGGCGAGAGGAGGGCGCAAGGGGGCGAGACGGGGGCACAAGGGGGCGAGAGGAGGGCGCAAGGGGGCGAGACGGGGGCACAAGGGGGCGAGAGGAGGGCGCAAGGGGGCGAGACGGGGGCACAAGGGGGCGAGAGGAGGGCGCAAGGGGGCGAGACGGGGGCACAAGGGGGCGAGAGGAGGGCGCAAGGGGGCGAGACGGGGGCACAAGGGGGCGAGAGGAGGGCGCAAGGGGGCGAGACGGGGGCACAAGGGGGCGAGAGGAGGGCGCAAGGGGGCGAGACGGGGGCACAAGGGGGCGAGAGGAGGGCGCAAGGGGGCGAGACGGGGGCACAAGGGGGCGAGAGGAGGGCGCAAGGGGGCGAGACGGGGGCACAAGGGGGCGAGAGGAGGGCGCAAGGGGGCGAGACGGGGGCACAAGGGGGCGAGAGGAGGGCGCAAGGGGGCGAGACGGGGGCACAAGGGGGCGAGAGGAGGGCGCAAGGGGGCGAGACGGGGGCACAAGGGGGCGAGAGGAGGGCGCAAGGGGGCGAGACGGGGGCACAAGGGGGCGAGAGGAGGGCGCAAGGGGGCGAGACGGGGGCACAAGGGGGCGAGAGGAGGGCGCAAGGGGGCGAGACGGGGGCACAAGGGGGCGAGAGGAGGGCGCAAGGGGGCGAGACGGGGGCACAAGGGGGCGAGAGGAGGGCGCAAGGGGGCGAGACGGGGGCACAAGGGGGCGAGAGGAGGGCGCAAGGGGGCGAGACGGGGGCACAAGGGGGCGAGAGGAGGGCGCAAGGGGGCGAGACGGGGGCACAAGGGGGCGAGAGGAGGGCGCAAGGGGGCGAGACGGGGGCACAAGGGGGCGAGAGGAGGGCGCAAGGGGGCGAGACGGGGGCACAAGGGGGCGAGAGGAGGGCGCAAGGGGGCGAGACGGGGGCACAAGGGGGCGAGAGGAGGGCGCAAGGGGGCGAGACGGGGGCACAAGGGGGCGAGAGGAGGGCGCAAGGGGGCGAGACGGGGGCACAAGGGGGCGAGAGGAGGGCGCAAGGGGGCGAGACGGGGGCACAAGGGGGCGAGAGGAGGGCGCAAGGGGGCGAGACGGGGGCACAAGGGGGCGAGAGGAGGGCGCAAGGGGGCGAGACGGGGGCACAAGGGGGCGAGAGGAGGGCGCAAGGGGGCGAGACGGGGGCACAAGGGGGCGAGAGGAGGGCGCAAGGGGGCGAGACGGGGGCGCAAGGGGGCGAGAGGAGGGCGCAAGGGGGCGAGAGGAGGGCGCAAGGGGGCGAGAGGAGGGCGCAAGGGGGCGAGAGGAGGGCGCAAGGGGGCGAGAGGAGGGCGCAAGGGGGCGAGAGGAGGGCGCAAGGGGGCGAGAGGAGGGCGCAAGGGGGCGAGAGGAGGGCGCAAGGGGGCGAGAGGAGGGCGCAAGGGGGCGAGAGGAGGGCGCAAGGGGGCGAGAGGAGGGCGCAAGGGGGCGAGAGGAGGGCGCAAGGGGGCGAGAGGAGGGCGCAAGGGGGCGAGAGGAGGGCGCAAGGGGGCGAGAGGAGGGCGCAAGGGGGCGAGAGGAGGGCGCAAGGGGGCGAGAGGAGGGCGCAAGGGGGCGAGAGGAGGGCGCAAGGGGGCGAGAGGAGGGCGCAAGGGGGCGAGAGGAGGGCGCAAGGGGGCGAGAGGAGGGCGCAAGGGGGCGAGAGGAGGGCGCAAGGGGGCGAGAGGAGGGCGCAAGGGGGCGAGAGGAGGGCGCAAGGGGGCGAGAGGAGGGCGCAAGGGGGCGAGAGGAGGGCGCAAGGGGGCGAGAGGAGGGCGCAAGGGGGCGAGAGGAGGGCGCAAGGGGGCGAGAGGAGGGCGCAAGGGGGCGAGAGGAGGGCGCAAGGGGGCGAGAGGAGGGCGCAAGGGGGCGAGAGGAGGGCGCAAGGGGGCGAGAGGAGGGCGCAAGGGGGCGAGAGGAGGGCGCAAGGGGGCGAGAGGAGGGCGCAAGGGGGCGAGAGGAGGGCGCAAGGGGGCGAGAGGAGGGCGCAAGGGGGCGAGAGGAGGGCGCAAGGGGGCGAGAGGAGGGCGCAAGGGGGCGAGAGGAGGGCGCAAGGGGGCGAGAGGAGGGCGCAAGGGGGCGAGAGGAGGGCGCAAGGGGGCGAGAGGAGGGCGCAAGGGGGCGAGAGGAGGGCGCAAGGGGGCGAGAGGAGGGCGCAAGGGGGCGAGAGGAGGGCGCAAGGGGGCGAGAGGAGGGCGCAAGGGGCGAGAGGAGGGCGCAAGGGGGCGAGAGGAGGGCGCAAGGGGGCGAGAGGAGGGCGCAAGGGGGCGAGAGGAGGGCGCAAGGGGGCGAGAGGAGGGCGCAAGGGGGCGAGAGGAGGGCGCAAGGGGGCGAGAGGAGGGCGCAAGGGGGCGAGAGGAGGGCGCAAGGGGGCGAGAGGAGGGCGCAAGGGGGCGAGAGGAGGGCGCAAGGGGGCGAGAGGAGGGCGCAAGGGGGCGAGAGGAGGGCGCAAGGGGGCGAGAGGAGGGCGCAAGGGGGCGAGAGGAGGGCGCAAGGGGGCGAGAGGAGGGCGCAAGGGGGCGAGAGGAGGGCGCAAGGGGGCGAGAGGAGGGCGCAAGGGGGCGAGAGGAGGGCGCAAGGGGGCGAGAGGAGGGCGCAAGGGGGCGAGAGGAGGGCGCAAGGGGGCGAGAGGAGGGCGCAAGGGGGCGAGAGGAGGGCGCAAGGGGGCGAGAGGAGGGCGCAAGGGGGCGAGAGGAGGGCGCAAGGGGGCGAGAGGAGGGCGCAAGGGGGCGAGAGGAGGGCGCAAGGGGGCGAGAGGAGGGCGCAAGGGGGCGAGAGGAGGGCGCAAGGGGGCGAGAGGAGGGCGCAAGGGGGCGAGAGGAGGGCGCAAGGGGGCGAGAGGAGGGCGCAAGGGGGCGAGAGGAGGGCGCAAGGGGGCGAGAGGAGGGCGCAAGGGGGCGAGAGGAGGGCGCAAGGGGGCGAGAGGAGGGCGCAAGGGGGCGAGAGGAGGGCGCAAGGGGGCGAGAGGAGGGCGCAAGGGGGCGAGAGGAGGGCGCAAGGGGGCGAGAGGAGGGCGCAAGGGGGCGAGAGGAGGGCGCAAGGGGGCGAGAGGAGGGCGCAAGGGGGCGAGAGGAGGGCGCAAGGGGGCGAGAGGAGGGCGCAAGGGGCGAGAGGAGGGCGCAAGGGGGCGAGAGGAGGGCGCAAGGGGGCGAGAGGAGGGCGCAAGGGGGCGAGAGGAGGGCGCAAGGGGGCGAGAGGAGGGCGCAAGGGGGCGAGAGGAGGGCGCAAGGGGGCGAGAGGAGGGCGCAAGGGGGCGAGAGGAGGGCGCAAGGGGGCGAGAGGAGGGCGCAAGGGGGCGAGAGGAGGGCGCAAGGGGGCGAGAGGAGGGCGCAAGGGGGCGAGAGGAGGGCGCAAGGGGGCGAGAGGAGGGCGCAAGGGGGCGAGAGGAGGGCGCAAGGGGGCGAGAGGAGGGCGCAAGGGGGCGAGAGGAGGGCGCAAGGGGGCGAGAGGAGGGCGCAAGGGGGCGAGAGGAGGGCGCAAGGGGGCGAGAGGAGGGCGCAAGGGGGCGAGAGGAGGGCGCAAGGGGGCGAGAGGAGGGCGCAAGGGGGCGAGAGGAGGGCGCAAGGGGGCGAGAGGAGGGCGCAAGGGGGCGAGAGGAGGGCGCAAGGGGGCGAGAGGAGGGCGCAAGGGGGCGAGAGGAGGGCGCAAGGGGGCGAGAGGAGGGCGCAAGGGGGCGAGAGGAGGGCGCAAGGGGGCGAGAGGAGGGCGCAAGGGGGCGAGAGGAGGGCGCAAGGGGGCGAGAGGAGGGCGCAAGGGGGCGAGAGGAGGGCGCAAGGGGGCGAGAGGAGGGCGCAAGGGGGCGAGAGGAGGGCGCAAGGGGGCGAGAGGAGGGCGCAAGGGGGCGAGAGGAGGGCGCAAGGGGGCGAGAGGAGGGCGCAAGGGGGCGAGAGGAGGGCGCAAGGGGGCGAGAGGAGGGCGCAAGGGGGCGAGAGGAGGGCGCAAGGGGGCGAGAGGAGGGCGCAAGGGGGCGAGAGGAGGGCGCAAGGGGGCGAGAGGAGGGCGCAAGGGGGCGAGAGGAGGGCGCAAGGGGGCGAGAGGAGGGCGCAAGGGGGCGAGAGGAGGGCGCAAGGGGGCGAGAGGAGGGCGCAAGGGGGCGAGAGGAGGGCGCAAGGGGGCGAGAGGAGGGCGCAAGGGGCGAGAGGAGGGCGCAAGGGGGCGAGAGGAGGGCGCAAGGGGGCGAGAGGAGGGCGCAAGGGGGCGAGAGGAGGGCGCAAGGGGGCGAGAGGAGGGCGCAAGGGGGCGAGAGGAGGGCGCAAGGGGGCGAGAGGAGGGCGCAAGGGGGCGAGAGGAGGGCGCAAGGGGGCGAGAGGAGGGCGCAAGGGGGCGAGAGGAGGGCGCAAGGGGGCGAGAGGAGGGCGCAAGGGGGCGAGAGGAGGGCGCAAGGGGGCGAGAGGAGGGCGCAAGGGGGCGAGAGGAGGGCGCAAGGGGGCGAGAGGAGGGCGCAAGGGGCGAGAGGAGGGCGCAAGGGGGCGAGAGGAGGGCGCAAGGGGGCGAGAGGAGGGCGCAAGGGGGCGAGAGGAGGGCGCAAGGGGGCGAGAGGAGGGCGCAAGGGGGCGAGAGGAGGGCGCAAGGGGGCGAGAGGAGGGCGCAAGGGGGCGAGAGGAGGGCGCAAGGGGGCGAGAGGAGGGCGCAAGGGGGCGAGAGGAGGGCGCAAGGGGGCGAGAGGAGGGCGCAAGGGGGCGAGAGGAGGGCGCAAGGGGGCGAGAGGAGGGCGCAAGGGGGCGAGAGGAGGGCGCAAGGGGGCGAGAGGAGGGCGCAAGGGGCGAGAGGAGGGCGCAAGGGGGCGAGAGGAGGGCGCAAGGGGGCGAGAGGAGGGCGCAAGGGGGCGAGAGGAGGGCGCAAGGGGGCGAGAGGAGGGCGCAAGGGGGCGAGAGGAGGGCGCAAGGGGGCGAGAGGAGGGCGCAAGGGGGCGAGAGGAGGGCGCAAGGGGGCGAGAGGAGGGCGCAAGGGGGCGAGAGGAGGGCGCAAGGGGGCGAGAGGAGGGCGCAAGGGGGCGAGAGGAGGGCGCAAGGGGGCGAGAGGAGGGCGCAAGGGGCGAGAGGAGGGCGCAAGGGGGCGAGAGGAGGGCGCAAGGGGGCGAGAGGAGGGCGCAAGGGGGCGAGAGGAGGGCGCAAGGGGGCGAGAGGAGGGCGCAAGGGGGCGAGAGGAGGGCGCAAGGGGGCGAGAGGAGGGCGCAAGGGGGCGAGAGGAGGGCGCAAGGGGGCGAGAGGAGGGCGCAAGGGGGCGAGAGGAGGGCGCAAGGGGGCGAGAGGAGGGCGCAAGGGGGCGAGAGGAGGGCGCAAGGGGGCGAGAGGAGGGCGCAAGGGGGCGAGAGGAGGGCGCAAGGGGCGAGAGGAGGGCGCAAGGGGGCGAGAGGAGGGCGCAAGGGGGCGAGAGGAGGGCGCAAGGGGCGAGAGGAGGGCGCAAGGGGGCGAGAGGAGGGCGCAAGGGGCGAGAGGAGGGCGCAAGGGGCGAGAGGAGGGCGCAAGGGGGCGAGAGGAGGGCGCAAGGGGGCGAGAGGAGGGCGCAAGGGGGCGAGAGGAGGGCGCAAGGGGGCGAGAGGAGGGCGCAAGGGGGCGAGAGGAGGGCGCAAGGGGGCGAGAGGAGGGCGCAAGGGGGCGAGAGGAGGGCGCAAGGGGGCGAGAGGAGGGCGCAAGGGGGCGAGAGGAGGGCGCAAGGGGGCGAGAGGAGGGCGCAAGGGGGCGAGAGGAGGGCGCAAGGGGGCGAGAGGAGGGCGCAAGGGGGCGAGAGGAGGGCGCAAGGGGGCGAGAGGAGGGCGCAAGGGGGCGAGAGGAGGGCGCAAGGGGCGAGAGGAGGGCGCAAGGGGGCGAGAGGAGGGCGCAAGGGGGCGAGAGGAGGGCGCAAGGGGGCGAGAGGAGGGCGCAAGGGGGCGAGAGGAGGGCGCAAGGGGCGAGAGGAGGGCGCAAGGGGGCGAGAGGAGGGCGCAAGGGGGCGAGAGGAGGGCGCAAGGGGGCGAGAGGAGGGCGCAAGGGGCGAGAGAGGGCGCAAGGGGGCGAGAGGAGGGCGCAAGGGGGCGAGAGGAGGGCGCAAGGGGGCGAGAGGAGGGCGCAAGGGGGCGAGAGAGGGGCGCAAGGGGGCGAGAGGAGGGCGCAAGGGGGCGAGAGGGGGCGCAAGGGGGCGAGAGGAGGGCGCAAGGGGGCGAGAGGAGGGCGCAAGGGGGCGAGACGGGGGCAAAAGGGGCGAGAGGAGGGCGCAAGGGGCGAGAGGAGGGCGCAAGGGGGCGAGAGGAGGGCGCAAGGGGGCGAGACGGGGGCACAAGGGGGCGAGAGGAGGGCGCAAGGGGGCGAGAGGAGGGCGCAAGGGGGCGAGACGGGGGCGCAAGGGGCGAGAGGAGGGCGCAAGGGGGCGAGAGGAGGGCGCAAGGGGGCGAGACGGGGGCGCAAGGGGGCGAGAGGAGGGCGCAAGGGGGCGAGAGGAGGGCGCAAGGGGGCGAGAGGAGGGCGCAAGGGGGCGAGAGGAGGGCGCAAGGGGGCGAGACGGGGGCACAAGGGGGCGAGAGGAGGGCGCAAGGGGGCGAGAGGAGGGCGCAAGGGGGCGAGAGGAGGCGCAAGGGGGCGAGACGGGGGCGCAAGGGGGCGAGAGGAGGGCGCAAGGGGGCGAGAGGAGGGCGCAAGGGGGCGAGACGGGGGCACAAGGGGGCGAGAGGAGGGCGCAAGGGGGCGAGAGGAGGGCGCAAGGGGGCGAGACGGGGGCGCAAGGGGGCGAGACGGGGGCGCAAGGGGGCGAGACGGGGGCGCAAGGGGGCGAGACGGGGGCGCAAGGGGGCGAGACGGGGGCGCAAGGGGGCGAGACGGGGGCGCAAGGGGGCGAGACGGGGGCGCAAGGGGGCGAGACGGGGGCACAAGGGGGCGAGACGGGGGCGCAAGGGGGCGAGACGGGGGCGCAAGGGGGCGAGACGGGGGCACAAGGGGGCGAGACGGGGGCACAAGGGGGCGAGACGGGGGCACAAGGGGGCGAGACGGGGGCGCAAGGGGGCGAGACGGGGGCACAAGGGGGCGAGACGGGGGCACAAGGGGGCGAGACGGGGGCACAAGGGGGCGAGACGGGGGCACAAGGGGGCGAGACGGGGGCACAAGGGGGCGAGACGGGGGCACAAGGGGGCGAGACGGGGGCACAAGGGGGCGAGACGGGGGCACAAGGGGGCGAGACGGGGGCACAAGGGGGCGAGACGGGGGCACAAGGGGGCGAGACGGGGGCACAAGGGGGCGAGACGGGGGCACAAGGGGGCGAGACGGGGGCACAAGGGGGCGAGACGGGGGCACAAGGGGGCGAGACGGGGGCACAAGGGGGCGAGACGGGGGCACAAGGGGGCGAGACGGGGGCACAAGGGGGCGAGACGGGGGCACAAGGGGGCGAGACGGGGGCACAAGGGGCUGCUGGGUUGCGAGGAGGCGAUGCUGGUCUGCACCAGAGGCACCAGCAGGUGUGACAGCAGAGGAUGUGAUAUUAGAGGGGGUGAUUCGAGGCGAGGUUGUGUUUGAGAGCCCGCUGACAGAGCAGGGGGCAGCGGCAUGGACCAUGGUGGGUCCACGUGCGGUGGGGCACAAAGGGGGGCAGCAGGGGGGGAAGCCGGGAGUGAAGCAGGAGGUGCAGAAGGAUGGGCACGAGAGCUAUGCAGCACAAGUGGUGGUGGAUCAGGAGGAGACGGGGGGUGGUGCUGCUGGUGGGUGGAAAGGCGCAGGGGAGGUGGGGACACUGGCAGGGGAGGGCUCAUCAGUGCUUGUGACCAUUCCCAUCACGGGGAGGCUCUUUCUGCCCGGAAUCAAGGACCAGAGAACCAUGUGGAUGGGGAAAUCCUUUGGUGUAGACGAGUACACUACUGUAGAUAGCAUACCUAUAGAUAAUACCGUAGCUGCCACUGCUGUUUUGGCUGGUGACACGGGAGAUGGGCCUGCCAGGCUGUCAGCUCCCAGAGAUGCCGUGAGGGGCACUGUGCAGAUGGAGGGCGUGCUGACGUGGACUGACUCAGCGCCAGGCCGUGCCAGGCUGGCAGCGGAAGGGGUGGUGCUGAUUGAGAGGAGGGGGGGCGAGGAGGGAGAGGAGGAGCGAGUGUGGGGGGCGUGGCGGGAUGUGGGCGUAUGGGGAAAUGCCCAUGAUAGUGAUGGUGGUGAUGAUAGAGUUCAGGGAGGAUUGAGAAAGGGCUGGGUUUCCAGGGUAAUACCUGAAGAUGGGGGGAUGAGAUCUGGUGAUGCCGAUGGGCAAGUGGGGCCAGAGGGGCUGGGGCCGUUUGGGGGAAGCAGCACGGGGAGCAGGCGAGGCGGGAGUGACAAGAUGGGGGGGAUGAGAGUUGCCGGGCCUUUGUUUGAGGGGAGCGAGGGAAGCGGGGAGCAGAAGGUAGAUCGUGGCAGGUCAAGUGGUGUUGUUGUGAACAGUCAAAUGAAAAAAGUUCUUGGAACGAGUGCAGGUGGUAGGGAAGAGGGGGGUGAUUUGGAUAGCAGGGAAAGUGAUGGUAGAGGUGGCAAUAGAGCUGCCACCAGUAGUGGGGAUGAGCCCAUUAUGUUGCAAUUGUCAUGCAUUGCAGCGCGCUCUGAAGCGUGUCGGGCGGGGCAAGGUGAAGGGAUGGAGCGUGCGGUGGGUACCAGAGGAGCGGCAGAGGCGCGGCAGGCAGAUGAGCGACAAGCGUGCGACGGAGCAGGCGAGACGAAGGAAGACGGUCGCAUGGAAUUGGAGGGGGAGGGUGGGGGUGAGAAGGCAAGAGAGGGUAAUGUAACAGUUACAGCUGAUGACGCAACAGUUACAGCUGAUGACGCAGCAGUUAGAGCUGAUGACGCAGCAGUUAGAGCUGAUGACGCAGCAGUUAGAGCUGAUGACGCAGCAGUGAAAUCUGGACCUACGAUUGACAAAAUAGACGAUACAGUCGUUAAAAUGACAGACAAGGCCAUGGAAGCGGAGAAUACGACCCCUGAAGCCAUCAAAGCGGACGAUAAUGCUAAUAAAGCGGACGGUACAGCCAUUAAAGCCGACGAUAAGGCCAUUAAAGCCGACGAUAAAGCCAUUAAUACCGACAAUAAAGCCAUUAAAGCCGACGAUGAAGCCAUGAAAGCCGACGACAAAUUUAUGAAAGCCGACGAUAAAUCAAUGAAAGCCGACGAUAAAGCCAUUAAAGCCGACGAUAGAGCCAGUAAAGCCGACGAUAAAGCCAUGGGUGCUGCACCUAAAGCUGCAGGCGAAGCAGCUGUUUGUGGAUCAGCGAGAGCCGUGGCAGCAGGGGGAGCCUCAGAUAGGGCUGCUGGUGAAGCUAGUAGCGUCGCCCGGGUUGCUGGUGAAACAAAUAGCAUCGCCAAGGCUGCAGGCGAAGCUAGUAGCGCCGCCAAGGCUGCAGGCGAAGCUAGUAGCGCCGCCAAGGCUGCAGGCGAAGCUAGUAGCGCCGCCAAGGCUGCAGGCGACGACGCGAAGGCGGCUUGUAUCGCUAGCGAAAAUGAGAAGGUGGCAGGCGACGAAAGGAAGGUUGCAGCGGGCGAAACGAAGGUUGCAGAGAGGACCAGAGAGCAGCAGGAAGAGAGGAGGGAGGAGAUGAGAGAGGAGAGCAAGGAGGAGCGGGGGGAGGAGAAGAGGGAGGAGAGGAGGGAAGAGAGGAAGGAGGAGAGGAGGGAGGAGAAGAGGGAGGAGAGGAAGGAGGAGAGGAGGGAGGAGAGGAAGGAGGAGAGGAGGGAGGAGAAGAGAGAGGAGAUGAAGGAGGAGACGAGGGAGGAGAGGAGGGAGGAGCAGAGGAAGGAGAGGAAGGCGGAGAGUAGGGAAGGGGAGGUUGCACAGAGGGAAGGGCGGUUUGAGAAUGAGGCCGAUAGGAAGAAACAUGAGGACGUAGCAGCAGGCAGUGCGGCACGGGGCGAGGAGGCAAAUAAGGGAGAUGAGAGGAAGGCGGAGAGUAGGGAAGCGGAGGUUGCACAGAGAGAAGGGGGAUUUGGGAAGCAGGCGGAUGGAAGGAAGCAUGAGGACGUAGCAGGUAGUGCGGGGCGGGGUGAGGAGGCAAAGGGAGAUGAGAAGAAGGCGACUGUUGUGACGUCUCAAAACUCGAAGGAACGGGGAUUUGAGAAGCAGGCCGACGGGAAGAAGCAUGAGGACGUGGCAGGCAAUGUGCCGCGGUGCGAGGAGGCAAAGGGAGAUGAGAGUAGGGCGGUAUUGAGGGGAGCAGCGUUGCAGGGAGCAGCUUUGGGGGGUUUGGAGGAGGGUAGCAAUGGGAGUGAGGAACGGGAGGAGGAAGGUGAGGAAAGAUGUGGGGAUUCAAUGAAGGUUAAACACAUCUGCAGUGAGGACCGAGGGGAGUCUGACAGGGAGAGGGAGAAGGGGAGGGAGGGAUUGGGUGAGAAGGGGAGGGAAGGAUUGAGGGGGAAGGGGAAGGAAGGAUUGGGGGAGAAUGAGAAGGGAGGGAGUGUCGUGGCAGACACAAGGGAGGAGGAGGUGGUGGAUGCGGGAAGGGAAAGGGGAAAGGAGGAGGGAAGGGAGGAGGGGGAGGAGAAAAGAGGGGGGAAUGGGGAAAAAGGGGAUGAGGCGAGUAGAGGGGAUGAGGCGAAGAGAGGGGAUGAGGCGAGAAGAGGGAAUGUGGCGAGAAGAGGGGAUGAGGCGAGUAGAGGGGAUGAGGCGAAGAGAGGGGAUGAGGCGAAGAGAGGGGAUGAGGCGAGGGGGGAGGAUGAGGCGACGAGAGGGGAUGAGGCGAAGAGAGGGGAUGAGGCGAAGAGAGGGGAUGAGGCGAAGAGAGGGGGUGAGGCGAGGGGGGAGGAUGAGGCGACGAGAAGGGUUGAGGCGAAGAGAGGGGAUGAGGCGAAGAGAGGGGAUGAGGCGAAGAGAGGGGAUGAGGCGAGGGGGGAGGAUGAGGCGACGAGAGGAGAUGAGGCGAGGGGGGAGGAUGAGGCGACGAGAGGGGAUGAGGCGAGGGGGGAGGAUGAGGCGAGGAGAGGGGAUGAUGAGGUUGUGGCAGGCGAGGGGCAGGAGGGCGAGAAAGGUGCAAAGGUGGGUGAGGAACAGUUGAAUUGGGAGAAGGCGAGUGGGGAGGAGAAGGCGAGUGGGGAGGAGAAGACGAGUGGGGGGGAGAAGGCGAGUGGGGAGGAGAAGGCGAGUGGGGGGGAGAAGGUGAGUGGGGAGAAGAAGACGAGUGGGGAGGAGAAGGGAAAUGGGGAGGAGAAGGCGAGUGGGGGGGAGAAGGCGAGUGGGGAGGUGAAGGUGAGUGGGGAGGAGAAGGUGAGUGGGGAGGAGAAGGUGAGUAGAAAGGAGAAGGCGAGUGGGGAGGUGAAGGCGAGUGGGGAGGUGAAGGCGAGUCAGGAGGAGAAGGCGAGUGGGGAGGAGGUGAGUGGGAAGGAGAAGGCGAGUCAGGAGGAGAAGGCAAGUGUGGAGGAAGAGACGGCAGAGGAGAAGGUGAGUGGAGAGGUGAAGGUGAGUGGGGAGAAAGAGGUGGAGAAAGAGAAGGGCUGGCACAAUGAGAGUGUGCGGAAAGACAACAAGGCGGAAAGAGGGGAGGUGGGUGGGGAGGAAGGGGGAAAGUUGGGUGGGAAUGAAGAAGGGGAGGUUGGUGGGAAGGAAAGGGGGGAAGUGGGUGGGCUGAAGCAGGGUGCUAGGAGUGGUGAGGCGGGCAAAGAUACCGCUAGAGAGAAUGCGGAAGCGGUGAGUAGGAGUGGAGAGAAGGUGGAAGCGGUGAGUAGGAGUGGAGAGAAGGCAGAAGCGGUGAGUAGGAGUGGAGAGAAGGUGGAAGCGGUGAGUAGGAGUGGAGAGAAGGCGGAAGCGGUGAGUAGGAGUGGAGAGAAGGCGGAAGCGGUGAGUAGGAGUGGAGAGAAGGCGGAAGCGGUGAGUAGGAGUGGAGAGAAGGUGGAAGCGGUGAGUAGGAGUGGAGAGAAGGCGGAAGCGGUGAGUAGGAGUGGAGAGAAGGCGGAAGCGGUGAGUAGGAGUGGAGAGAAGGCGGAAGCGGUGAGUAGGAGUGGAGAGAAGGUGGAAGCGGUGAGUAGGAGUGGAGAGAAGGUGGAAGACAGCAGCAUAAAGCGGGGUAGUGGCGAUGCGGAGGUGGGGACGGGAAGGGAUGGGGCAGUGGGUAUGGGGGUAGGGGCAAAGAGGGAGUGGACGAGGGUUAAGGGGGAGGAUGGAGGGGCAAUGGGGGAGGAGGAAGGAAAGGGGGAAAAGGAAAGUGCCAUGGGGGAGGAUGAAAAGGCGAAGGGGAUGGAUGGAGGGGCGAUUGGGGAGGAGGAAGGGGCAAGAAGGGGAAAGGAGGGGGCAAAUGGGGAGGAGAAAGGGGUAAAGGGUGAGGAGGAAACGGCGAAGGGGAAGGAGGAAGGAGCAAAGGAGGAGGAUGAAGGGGCAAAGGCAGAGGAGGACAAGCUGAAGGGGGAGGAGGAAGGAUCAAAACGAGAGGAUGAAGGGACAAAAGGGGAGAAGGAAAUGGUAAAAGGGGGUGAGGAAGGGUCAAGGCGAGAGGAGGAAGAGGCGAAGAUGAUCGAGGAAAGGGCAAAGGGGGAGGAUGAAAGUGCGAAGGGGAGGGAGGAAGGAGCAAAGGAGGAGGAAGGGGCAAAUGUGGAAGGGGAAGGGACAAAGGAAGAGAAGGAAAGGAGAAAGGGGGAGGAGAAAGGAACAAAGCGAGAUGAGGAAGAGACAAAGCGAGAGGAGGAAGGGACAGAAGGGGAGAAGGAAAUGGUAAAAGGGGGGGAGGAAGGGUCAAGGCGAGAGGAGGAAGGGGCGAAGGUUGUGGAGGCAAGGGCAAAGGGGGAGGAUGAAAUAGCGAAGAGGAAGGAGGAAGGAGCAAAGAAGGAGGAGGAAGGGGCAAAGGUGGAAGGGGAAGGGACAAAGGAGGAGAAGGAAAGGGCAAAGGAGGAGAAGGAAGGGACAAAGGAGGAGGUGGAGGAAGGGACAAAGCGAGAGGAGGAAGGGACAAAGCGAGAGGAGGAAGGGACAAAGGGGGAGAAGGAAAUGGUAAAAGGGGGGGAGGAAGGGUCAAGGCGAGAGGAGGAAGGGGCGAAGGUUGUGGAGGAAAGGGCAAAGGGGGAGGAUGAAAUAUCGAAGAGGAAGGAGGAAGGAGCAAAGAAGGAGGAGGAAGGGGCAAAGGUGGAAGGAAAAGGGACAAAGGAGGAGAAGGAAAGGAUAAAGGGGGAGGAGGAAGGGACAAAGCGAGAGGAGGAAGAGGCAAAGGGGGUGGAGGAAAGGGCAAAGGGAGAGGAUGAAAGAGCAAAGGGAGAGGAUGAAAGAGCGAAGGGAGAGGAUGAAAGAGCGCAGGGAGAGGAGGAAGGAGCAGAGGAAGGGGAAGCCAUAAAAGGGAAGCAUGAAACAGAAACUUCGUUUAGGGUAGGGACAAAGGGGGAGCAGGCGAAGGGGAGGGAAGGAGGAGGAGGCAUGGCAGUGCUAGCGGAUAAGGUGAGAGGGAAAUCAGGGGAGAUGGUGGGAGGUGUGGAGGGGAUGAGGAAGGUGGAAGAAGAGAAAGCAGAGAGGAAAGUAGAGGCAACAGUUGUGGGAGGAAAGCGAGAGGUGCUUGAGGCGAUGCUCGGAACGUCAGGUGUGGAGGCGGCAGGUGUGGAGACGGCAGGUGUGGAGACGGCAGGUGUGGAGACGGGGGGCAGUGCCGAGCAAGCUGCGGGCGGUGAUGCUGGCAGUGCGUUUGCUGGGGAAGUGGGGAAUGGGUCGGAGCAGAUGGGUGAAGGUGCACUGGCGGCUGGCAGGGGGCAGCUGCAGGAGGCAGAGCCGACGGGGCAGAGAGAGGCGAGCAGCUUGGGUGGGCUGGCGGCAGCAGGGAGGGCAGUGGAGGAGAGUGUGGAGCGGAAAAGUGGAAAGCGGGUGGGUCCCCCUGGAGAGGUGGUAGUGGAGGCUGGAGCAAAGGAGGGGAAAAGGGAGGAGGAGAGAGGAGAGGAGGGGAAGGAGAGCGGGGAUGAGGGGAAGGCGAGAGGGGAAGAGGGGAAGGAGAGAGGGGAGGAGCGGAAGGAGAAAGAAGAGGAGGGGAAGGAGAAAGGCGAGGAGGGGAAGGAGAAACGGGAGGAGGGGACGGAGAGAGGGAAGGAGAAAGAAGAGGGGACGGAGAAAGAAGAGGAGGGGAAGGAGAAAAGAGAGGAGGGGAAGGAGAGAGGGGAGGAGGGGAAGGAGAGAGGGAAUGAGGGGAAGGAGAAUGAAGAGAUGAAGGAGAAAGAAGAAGGGAAGGAGAAAGAAGAAGAGGGGAAGGAGAAAGAAGAGGAGGGAACGGAGAGAGGGGAGGAGGGGAAGGAGAGAUUGAUGGAGGGGAAGGAGAAGGGGGAGGAGGAAAAGGGGGGGAGAGAGGAGGAGGGAAGGAAGGAGCGUGAGGAUGAGAAGGAAGCAAAGGACGAAGCAAAUGAGAAGAAUAACGAUGUGCAUUUGUUGGGGAGUGAAAGGGAGGCGAGGCAGAAGAGAAAGAGAGACUCUACAGAGGAGUGUGAAGGGGGAAAUGAAGAAACCAAAGUGAUGGAAGAGAGGGAGAGAGCUGGAGAUGUGGGUAGAGAGGAGGUGAAGAAGAGAGGAGUGAACUCAGUGGUGGAGGAGACACAUCAGCCCCUCUCUGCCCCUUCCCUCUCAGGUAGCCUCACUCCAGCCCCCACUGCUUGCUCCCAUACCCACCAAGCCUCUGCCCCCCCGCACACGGACUUGAAUGAUGUGCCGUUAUCAGGUUCGGAAUUAGGCUCGGAUGCAGGCUUGGGUGGAGGCGUGGGAGGGAAGGACGGAGAGGAUGGUGAGAGAAGCGGGCGAGUGGAGAAUGAGAGAGGGGUGGAUGGGAAGAAGAGAGAGAGGGAGACGAGAGAGGUGGACAAGAGAGCGGAGGAUACAAAGAGAGAGGAGGAGGAGAAGAGGGCGGAGGAGGAAAGGAGAAUGGCGGAGGGGCGGAAAGUGGUGCGGAGGCUGCAGGGGAGGAGGGGGGCAGGGAAGGACUUUUGGGAGAAGAUUGAUGAUGAGAUCGACACUCUCUUUCUGCCCCGCCUCUGCCCACCUCUCAACUGCCCCUCCUCACACAAGGCCCCUCCCCCUCUGCACUUCCACCCACCCUCUCAGCCUCCUUCCUCCAUGCCUCCUCCUCUCGCACCUCCUCUCAACUCCCUUCCUUCGUUUCCUCACCCCUCUGCACCCAUCUCCAACCCCGCCCACCCCCCUGCACCCACCAUGCCUCAGUUGCUGCAUGUCCCCUCUCUCAGUGCACCCUAUGCUGGUGCUCCUGGUAAAGCGGUUCGGGCACGUGAUCGAUCCCGGGCAGCGGAAAAUGUUUGUGGCAGCUUAGACAGUGAGAUUGUGCAGAGAGGAGAUUCGGAGGGUAGAGGGGGAGGCAUGGAGAAGGAUGGGAGGGAGGGCAGUGGGGGAAUUCAUGGUGUUGGCGCAGGUGGGGUGGCAGGAGGGGCAGAUGCAGCGGGAGAGGCAGCAGCAGGAGGGGCAGUAUGGAGAGGGGCAGUAGGGGGAGGGGCAGUAGGGGGAGGGGUAACAGGAGGGGCAGCAGCAGGAGGGACAGCAGCAGGAGCGGUGGAGGGCGAGGAGGAGGAGGAUGCAGUGGCUGCUCUGGCUGCCAUGGCUGCCGCUGCUACUGCUGCCCUGCCAGGAGACUCCCACAGUGAUUCGCCUCUUGCUCACACACACGGUGGUGCGACCACCACUCACACACUCGGUGCACGAGACGAGGUCCCUUCCAAGGGAGUGCCCAGAGGAGCAAAGCAUAGCAGCUCUGUUGCUGCAGAUACCCCUGCUUCUCCCGCUCGUGCUGCUGCCAAUGCAGGUGGCAGCAAGCCAGCAGGCGGUAAGGGGCGUUUGGCCGGGUCGGGGAAGGGAGAGGGCGCAGGGGCAGGGAAGGUGGGUGCCGCGAGCGCAGGAGGGAAAGCAGGGGGGGUUGCUGGAGAAGCAGGAGUAGGAGCAGCAGGGGUUGGGAAAAGUGCUGCAGGGGGGGAUGGUGCGGCUGUAGGUGGUGCUCCCGCAGGGGUUGGUGCUGCAGGUGGCGGCGCUGUGAAGUUAGGGAAGCUUGCUGGUAAAGUGGAGAAGCGGGAGGGGAAGAAAGGGCCAAAGGAGCGGGGCAGGGAGCACACUGUCCCAGUGUCAAAGCCGUCAGCAGCAAUGGCAGGGACUGCUGGGGAGUUUGGGGUCUCCCAGAAAACCACAAGUGCUGCUGCUUCUACUGCUGUUGCUGCUGCUGCUGCUGCUGCUGCUGCUGCUGCUGCUGCUGCUGCUACUGGUGCUGCUACUGCUCCUGCAGGUUCUGUCGUGCCUUCUCCUGCUGGAAAGGUCUCGCCGCUUGUGAGACCUUCCCCUUCCCCCCCUGCUGCAGUCUCUACUACUCCCACGCCACCCAGGCUUGGUGUGACCACCAGCACCAGCGCCAGGCCCCCUCUCUCUCCUGCUGCGGAUCACACAGGCAAGAAACGUGCAAGGCCAGGGCCAGGCGGAGCAGCAGCAGGGAUUUCUCCCCUCGCCCGCCCCCUCGCCUCCCCCAUCGUACCUCCUCUAGAACAAGGGCUGGGAGAGGGUAACCGAGGGCACAGUGUGGAGGGAGAGGAAGUGGGUGGGGAAGGAGGGGAGGGUGCAAGGGGAGGGGGGAGGGAGGAGGGGGCAGAAGUUGUGAAGAAAGGCCGUGGUCGGCCGAAAGGCUCCAAGAAGAUUGGCAAGAAAGCAGGUGAUUCCCCAGCUGCACCACCCGUUAGUGCCGCUGCAGCAGCGUCAGCACCGUUGCUGGCAACAGCAAGAAGCAGGGAAGGCGGAGGAUCAGGAGGAGCAGGAGGAGCAGUAGGUGCAGGAGGGGCAGGAGCGGCAGUGGUGAGGCCAAGGGAAGAUACGGCUGCUCUGAUGCUCUUCUCCCUCGCCCAGCUGGCUGAUGAGGCUGGGGAGGAUGGGGAAGGGGUGGAGAGGGAAGAGGAAGGAGAGGAGCGCGAGGAUGUGGGAUGGGCUCGAGGAGGCCAAGAUGAAGCGGGUGGAGAUGCUUGUAACGAGGAUGGGAAUGAAUCUUCUGCCGAUGCAGCAGGAGAGGGAGGCGGAGGGGGAAUUGCCUUGGGGAAUGCGAGUAAGAGAAAGCUAUACAGGGACGGAAGCAGGGAUAGCGAUGUGGAUGCAAAGAGACUGCAAGAAAGGGCGAUGGGUAGUGGGUUUGGAGAGGGGAAAGAAGAAGAGCAAGAAGAGGAAGAGGAAGAGAAAGAGGAGGAAGAGGAAAAAGGGGAAGAGAAAGAAGAGGAAGAGGAGGAGAAAGAGGAGGAAGAGGAAAUCGAGGAAGAGAGGGUGGUGGUGGUGGCGCCACGCAAGCGCAGACGCACCGCUACAGCCACUGAGCCAGUGGUGCUGCCAGGUGUGCGACGAGAUGCCGUGCCUGUUCCGCCUGCUUUUGAGUCGACUCAGAAGCACACUCCGCCUGGAGAGCAGAGAGAGCAGAAGAAGAACGCAAAGCAGAAGGACCGCAUCGCCAGCCCGCAGUGGAAGCUUCGAGGACGCCAGUGGGGGAGGCGGUGCUGCCCUCUCCACCCUCCCACUCCCUCUCCCCGCUGCUGCUGCCACCACUCACGACACUGA